UUAAUGUGCGUAGGAGUGAUACCAGUAAAAGUGGUACCAUUCCUUCGCUGUUAUGCGUAGAGUGAUGACGUGUAUUUAAUUAAUAUAUUUUAUAAUUAAAAUGGUUGAAUUCGACAUCGUUGAUAAGGAUGAAGCUGAAAAUGUGGAGAAAAAUCCGCCAACGGAUAUGGGAAUGGUAAAUUUAGCAUUGAAGGAAUGCGGCUUUGGAAAAUUUCAUUUGAGACUUCUGUUCUCAUCUUUUGUCGCGCACACUGCUGGGGUUAUCGCUACAGCUACUACGCCUUACAUAUUACCAAUAGCUGAGUGUGAUCUUGAUAUGAAUUUGGUGGAAAAGGGAGUUCUUAACGCAAUACCUUAUCUAGGCAUGAUAGCGUCAUGUGUAGUAGCGGGCUUCCUUACGGACACAUUUGGACGCAAGAAGUUUCUAUUAUUAGGCUUCGGGGGUCUAUUUAUAUUCUCAAUUACUUCCGGCCUCAGUCAGACCUAUGAAAUUUUGAUAACGUCAAAAUUCUUUGAAGGAUUUUUAUUUGCAAUGUCAUUCAGUCCACUUUUAACCCUUACAUCAGAAUUCUGUCACCCUGAAAACAGAGAUAGAGUCAUGUUGGUGCAAUCGUCUUUUGUCGCCUUAGGACAAGUUGUUGUUGCUCUCAAGUCCUGGGGCGUACUUAGCUUCGAUUGGACAAUCACAUUUUUUAAUGGAUAUUUUGUGCUUCAUAUAUGGAAUUUGUACUUGCUAAUAUUUUCAACUUGGGCCUUAUUUGCGACAAUACUAUACGCAUUCCUGCCAGAAAGUCCUAAAUAUUUUGUCACGCAACAGCGAUAUGAGGAAGCACGUGCCGUUUUGAUUCAAGUAUAUAAAGAAAAUACAGGAAAAUCGGCUGAUAGUUUUAAGUAUAUCAAUUUGUUCAAAGACAAAACAAAGCUUAUUUCUGGGAACUCAGAGGAGACGAGUAUGAAAAGCAAACUAUCUGCCGGUUUUGAAAGCAUUAAACCUAUUUUCCGGAAACCCUUGUUAUUCUAUCUUUUAUUCUUUUGUUCAAUAAACUUCUUUACUAUGCAACAAUAUAACGUUUUAAGACUAUGGUUCCCCCAACUAUCAACAAUAGUAGAACACUAUAGAAGGGAUGGCGCAGACUUGUGUGAUAUGUUGGACACUUACACUGGAGAUCUUAGCGCGAGAGCAGCUAACUCUACGUUUAGCGUAGCUGAGUGUGUGCCUGUACGAAGUGGCACAGAAACCUAUAUAAACGCAGUUGUAAUAGGUAUAGUCAGCCUACUUCCUAACAUCAUAACGAGUAUUUUAGUCAAACAUGUUGGAAAGAAGAAUCUUCUGAUAAUAUGUGGCUUGAUAUGUGUGGGGUGUACUUUGGCGUUGCGAUGGGCAAUGUCAAAAACUGAGUUAGUAUCUUUGUAUUCCACUGUCGUGUCUAGUGCGAGAGCAAUGAUAAGUCUGACACAGACUAUGGUGCUGGAGUAUUUUCCAACGAGUGGCAGAUCGCUAGCGAUUGGCUUUAUAAUGAUGUCUGGUCGUAUAGGAACGUUAAUAGGGAAUAUCAUGUUUCCAAUAUUACUCAGUAUGGGAUGCGUUGUGCCCUUCUUUACGUUAGCUGCUCUCUUAAUUGGUAUAACAUCGUUAUCUUUGUUCUUGCCGAAGAAAAAGUGAAUAAGCCAGUAAUUAUAUUAAACAGUUA